AUGGGUAUGGAUACAGACAGCGGUCUUGGUAAUGGGUACAGGUACAGGUACGGAUCCUGGUACCAGUUCCUCCUGGGGGAGAGUGAUAUAGGCCAGAACCGUGCCGAGGCAUCCCGGCGGGCCCUGGCCGAGCUGAACCCCCGCGUGGCAGUGGUGGCCCAUACUGGGGAGCUGUCGGAGGCCUUCCUUGCCUCCUUCCAGGUGGUGGUGCUGACUGAGUCACCACUGGAGGAGCAGCUCCACAUCGGGGACUUCUGCCAUGCCCGGGGCAUCUGCUUCAUCGUGGCUGACGCCAAGGGGCUGGCAGGGCAACUGUUCUGUGACUUCGGGAAACACUUCGUCGUUGACGACCCGGCAGAAGGGGACCCGGUGUGCGCCGCCGUGCAGCACAUCUCCCAGGGCAACCCGGGCGUGGUGACGUGCAUGGGGGAAGAGGACAGCCGCGGCCAUCUCUUCGGUGACGAUGACCUGGUGAUGUUCUCUGGCGUGGAGGGGAUGACGGAGCUGAAUGGCCAGGAGCCUGUCCCCGUGCAUGUGCUGGAUGCCUUCAGGCUGGAGAUCGGCGACACCAGCUCCUUCUCACCCUACCGCCGUGGGGGCCUGGUCUCACAGGUUCGGCUUCCCAAGGUGCACUGCUACAAGCCCCUGCGCCAGGCACUGGCAGAGCCCCAGAUCCGGGUGGCAAGUCCUGAGGAGCUGCCGCGCAGCCGCAGCCUGCAUGCCGCCUUCCAGGCCCUGCAUGCUUUCCGUGGGGAGCAGGGCCGCCUGCCCCUGCCCAGGGCACCGGCGGAUGCCGAGCGCGUGCUGGAGCUGGCGCGGAGCCUGGGGGCGCAGCAGGGUCCCCUGGAAGAGGACGUCGUGCGAGCCUUCGCCAGCGUGAGCGCGGGGGACCUGUGCCCUGUGGCUGCCGUCAUCGGGGCCCUGGCGGCCCAGGAGGCACUGAAGGCCAUCACCAGGAAGUUCCUGCCCCUGGACCAGUGGCUCUACUUCGAUGCCCUGGAGUGCCUGUCGCUGGAGGGGGCCGGGCAGCUGACGGAGGAGGACUGUGCCCCGAGGGGCUCUCGCUACGAUGGCCAGAUUGCUGUCUUUGGGGCCGCCUUCCAGGAGCAGCUGGGCCGCCAGAAGUACUUGGUGGUGGGAGCUGGCGCCAUUGGCUGUGAGCUGCUGAAAAACUUUGCCAUGAUGGGGCUGGCAGCAGGGCCCGGUGGGGACCUCACCAUCACCGACAUGGACACAGUUGCUCUCUCCAACCUCCAUCGGCAGCUGCUCUACCGCUCGUCAGAUAUAUCGAAGCCAAAGUCGGUGGUGGCCGCGGCAGCUGUGCAGCGCAUGAACCCCAGCGUCAGGGUGAGAGCUCACCAGAAUCAGGUGGGACCUGCCACCGAGUCACUCUACGGGGACGACUUCUUCCGGCGCCUGGACGGUGUCGUCAGCGCCCUGGACACACUGGAGGCCCGUGCCUACUUGGAGAGCCGCUGCCUCCGCUACCUCACACCACUGCUGGACUCGGGCACGGAGGGGCCGCGGGGAAACGUGCUGGCCAUGGUCCCCCUUGUGACCAAGCCACUGGGGCCAGCCGGCGGCCCCAGGGACGGCACCUUCCCCCUCUGCACCCUGCGGUACUUCCCUCGCACCAUCCAGCACACACUGCAGUGGGCCCGUGAUGAGUUUGAGGGGCUCUUCCAGCUGCCUGCGGAGCACGUCAACCGGUUCAUGGAAGACCCGGCUUUCCCAGAGCAGCUGCCAGCAGGGAAGGCCCUGGAAGUCCUGGAGCAAGUGCGGGGCAGCCUGUGGGAGUGGCCACGGGACUGGCGGGGCUGCGUGCGCUGGGCCCGCCGGCACUGGCAGAGUCGCUACCAUGAUGCCAUCACCCAACUGCUGCACACCUUCCCCCCAGAGCACGAAACCAGCCCGGGUGUGCCCUUCUGGGCAGGAGACAGAAGCUGUCCCCAUCCGCUGACGUUUGACCCCGACAAUGACACCCACCUGGAGUACAUCCUGGCUGCUGCCCACCUCUUUGCCCAAACACACAAGGUGCCACCAUGCAGUGACCGGGCAGCUGCCCAGACCAUCCUGCGCAGCGUGGUUCUGCCACCCUUCGUGCCCCAGGAGGGGCUCCAGAUCCCCCUCGCAGAGGAGCAGGAGGAGGUGCAGACACCUGCAGACCAUAGGUGGCUGGCGGAGCUCACCCAGGACCUGGUGCAGCGGAAACAGGAGCUGGUAGGGGGUGAGGAGGCGCAAGUGCCCCUGAUGGAGCCCAUCCACUUCGAGAAGGUACCCGGGGCCAGGCAGGCGGCCCUCCUCAGCUUGGGGGGUUGGCGUGCGGAGAACUACGGCAUCCCCCCUGCAGACUGGCUGAGCAAACGGAUCGCCGGGCGGAUCGUGCCCGCCAUUAUCACCACCACGGCAGCUGUGGCCGGACUGGCAUGCCUGGAAGUCUACAAGCUGGUGUGGGGGUGCCGGGACCCCAGCUGUUACCGCAACAGCAACCUCUGGCUGUCUGACUGCCUGCUGCUCCGCUACCAGCCCCUGCCACCCCCCACCUACUGGUAUGGUGGGCGGGAGUGGAGCUGCUGGGACCGGCUGGAGAUGCAGGCAGUCAGCGCAGACGGGCAGGAGAUGACGGUGCAGGAGGUGCUGGACUGGCUGCAGAGAACACAGGGUUGGACUGUGACCAUGCUCCUGCGCGGCCACACCGUGAUCUACGACAGGGAGGAGGAUGAAGAGACACGGACCCGGCAGCGGGCGCAGAGGUUAUCAGAGAACCUGGAGGGUGCUGGGGAGCCACGGCGGCGGGAGCUAGAGCUGUACUAUGUGUGCGAGGGAGAGGAUGCUGAGGCCGAAAAUGAACGUCCCCCCCUCAUCUGCUCCCUACCCUAA